ACUAAAAAAAUGAGGAAAUUUAAGAAUUUCUCUCAAAUUAGUGUGACAUUUUACAUUAAUCUUUUUCCACAAAUCAUAUUGAUUUUACACAUAGCAAUAGUCAGUUCAUCAUUGGCCAAUAGAGUUGCAUCAUUUUAAGCAUACACCUGCCAGGUUACACCUAAUCUUUAUUCUAUAUUUAUUGUACUGCCAGACCUAAACUAUUGUUUAUUGAACUUUUGUAAUCCAAUUAUUUUUACAGUGCAAUAAUAAAGAUGAGUUUGAGCAGACUACCUGGGUAUUACUAUCAAAGUUUUUGGUGCUGGAACCGAAUGUUGUGACUUUUUCAAGACCAUCAAAACAAACAAAAUAAAAAGAAAAUGUAUUUGUGUAUGUUAUUGUUUAAGAGAAAUAACAAUUUAAAACUAAUUUAAUUAUUUUACAGCUUUAAAAAAAAAUAAAAAUAAAAAAUGGUUAAUUUUGCACACAUGCACAUGUCCACACCAAAAAGCACAAAAACACCAAGAGGGGGUCUUUAGUGCCCUUGUACACUAAUCAAGAAUUAUGCAUUUUGAAUGGUUUUCAAUACGGGUCAAAAAUGACCCGAAAGACAAAAGGAGGGUUACUUACCUGUACAUGUGAAGUUUCUGAAUGGAUACUGUGAGAUUGUGAAAUAGUAAAUUCAUGAGCAACUGGCUUUUUAUCUGGCUUGAUCUCUGAUCCCUGAUAAUGAUAAAAUUGACUCAUUAUGCAUAGUCAAUGGAGACGUUGAUUAUUUUUAAGGGUCUUAUAUCCCUUACAUUUCUUAAGACUGAUACUUCUCUCAUUUAUUUAUUGCAAUCCUUAACUGCACUUUUCAAAGAUGCUGUCACCUAGUUAACAAGUUGCUUCCCAAAACUCCAUAUUCAGUCACGAGGAAACUUAUGUGCUCAUUUGCAUUAAGCGCUACUACUUACGGUAUUCAUUGGCUGUUCCAGCAGCAAAGUCCCCGCCCCCAGUCCAGCUGCGGCACUGGAUUGGGUGCCAGGGUUGCCAGUCACUGAGGCAACAGUACAGGCACCAGUUCGCGCUGCUCUCGCUAAAGUGCGAUCAGUUUCAGCCGCGUAGUGGGACCCAGAUAGGGCUGAUGCACAAGUCAAGGCGACGCGCAGCGGAGAUGAAGCCGGACUCCGAUUGGCUCUGAUUUUUAAAAGCCCUUUUCAUUCAAGAGGCUAUCCAUUAUCAACAUGGCAGAUCCGUCAUUUCCAGGACCCCCUAGAAAAAUGGCGUCACUUGGCCGGGUCCGAGCCUUUGCUUUUAUUUUCUUAACUGUAAGCAGUUAUUUAAUUACCCCGACAAGUGGCAAGGAAGGAGGAGGAGAGGAGACGGUCAUCAUCGGGCUGAGACUGGAGGAUACGGACGACAUUUCUUUUAUGGACAGGGGCUUUUUGCGGGUCAGCGAGAGGUCUCGGGUGAGAUUGAGAGUGUACGGGCAAAACAUCAACAAUGAGACGUGGUCCAAAAUCGCUUUCACGGAACACGAGAGGAGUCGAGUUAUUGGAAACAUCGACAGCUCCUCAGGGGAAAACAACAGUCAGGAAGAGACGUCGGGCUUGCACCCCUGUGGCAUUAGGACUUCAGAUAUUUUAAUCUUGCCCAACAUCAUUUUAAAUCGUAAGACGUCUGGCAUCGUUGAAAUUGAGGUCAAACCUCUGCGAAAGACUGAGAGGAGCAAAGCUUACUACCUGUGCAUCGCCACUUCUACACCUGCCCUGGCAAGCAUGUACGACCCCUGGACAGAAAACACGUGGAUCUAUCACGACGGAGAGGACACCAAAGUGAUCGUUGUGGAGGAGAGAAAGUUUCUGCUCCCUUUCUGGCUCCAGGUGAUCUUUAUUUCCAUGCUGCUCUGCCUCUCGGGCAUGUUCAGCGGGUUAAACUUGGGUCUGAUGGCACUUGAUCCCAUGGAGCUUCAGAUCGUCCAAAACUGUGGAACGGAGAAAGAGAAAAACUACGCCAGGAAGAUCGAACCCGUCAGGAGCCAAGGAAAUUACCUGCUUUGCUCGCUUCUCUUGGGGAAUGUUCUGGUCAACACCACCUUGACCAUUUUGUUGGAUGAUAUAGCCGGCUCUGGAUUGAUAGCUGUAGUGAUGUCCACCAUUGGCAUUGUCAUAUUUGGAGAGAUUGUGCCUCAAGCUAUUUGUUCACGACAUGGUCUUGCUGUCGGUGCGAAUACAAUCUUCUUGACCAAAUUCUUCAUGCUGCUCACUUUCCCUGCAUCCUAUCCGGUAAGUAAACUGUUAGAUUACCUCCUCGGACAGGAGAUCGGCACCGUAUACAACCGAGAGAAACUCUUGGAGAUGUUGAGGGUCACGGAUCCAUACAACGACUUAGUGAAGGAGGAGCUGAACAUUAUUCAGGGUGCGCUGGAGCUCAGAACUAAGACCGUGGAAGAUGUGAUGACUCCGUUGCGCGAUUGCUUCAUGAUCACCGGCGAUGCCACGCUGGAUUUCAACACCAUGAGUGAGAUAAUGGAGAGCGGCUACACGCGCAUUCCGGUGUUCGAGGGCGACAGGUCCAAUAUCGUGGACCUGCUGUUCGUGAAGGACAUGGCGUUUGUGGAUCCCGACGACUGCACCCCACUCAAGACGAUCACCAAGUUCUACAGCCAUCCGUUGCAUUUCGUCUUCAACGACACAAAGCUCGAUGCUAUGCUGGAGGAGUUUAAGAAAGGUAAAUCUCAUCUGGCAAUAGUACAGAGGGUUAACAAUGAAGGAGAAGGCGACCCAUUCUACGAAGUGCUUGGCAUUGUCACCCUUGAGGACGUCAUUGAAGAAAUCAUCAAGUCUGAAAUCCUGGAUGAGACAGACUUAUAUACCGACAACAAAACAAAAAAGAAAAUUGCCCAUCGAGAGAUGAAGCAGGAUUUCUCAGCUUUCAAGCACAUGGACAAUGAAAUGAAGGUUAAAAUAUCACCUCAGCUUCUACUGACUACUCUGCGUUUCCUAGCAACAGAGGUUGAGUCUUUCAGUCCAAUCCAGAUGUCUGAGAAGAUCCUUCUGCGUCUCCUCAAGCACCCCCAGGUCAUCCAGGAGCUCAAAUAUAAUGAGAAGAAUAAGAAGGCCCCUGAGCAUUACCUCUUCCACCGCAACAAGCCUGUGGACUAUUUCAUCCUUAUUUUGCAGGGGAAAGUGGAGGUCGAGGCAGGGAAAGAGGGAAUGAAGUUUGAAGCAGGAGCUUUCUCCUCUUAUGGGAUGAUGGCUCUCACUGCUUCUCCAGAAAACAAAUCCCCCCCUCGGUCAUUUGGACUGAACCAUUCUGACUCGUUAAACCGUAGCGAGAGGAUUGAAGCCAUCACACCAUCACUGGGCAGCAGUAACAACCAGCUCAAUGACUUCUUGCAGAUCUACAUGCCAGACUAUUCAGUCAGAGCUGUGUCAGACCUACAGUAUAUUAAGGUAACACGCCAGCAGUAUCAGAACGCCCUCAGAGCAUCACGCAUGGACAAGACGCCACAUUCCUCAGAGAGCGAGUACACCAAAAUUGAAAUGACUCUGACAGAGCUUCAUGAUAGAAUGAUGGAUGAAACCACCACUCUGUUCAACCAGACACAAAACUGCAUUGCCCACAACAAGUCGAACCACACAGGCCACAGUGAAGGAGCCAUCUAGCCCUCACUGGGGAGGUGGAACAAAGCGGAGAGCAGAAAGUACCCCUCUCCCCUGGACCUGCUUCACUACCCCAAACGAUUCUAAUCUGGUCAUGCCAUACUACUGGGGCCUGGGCUUGGGUUGACCCAAGGCAACAUGGGACAGUCCAGUAACCUGGUUCAGUCCCAUUCAUUCAGAUGAACCAAACUAUUUAUAUCCCCCCGACCAAAGAGUCUGGAGGAUGGACAUUCAUGUGCUCUGCAAGCCCCUCCAGCUACACACACACUGCCCAUGUGACGUUCACUUGUACAAAAACAAAUACUCCAGUCAGAUACUGUUUUAUGGUAAAUCAAAGACUGUUCCAAAUAAGGAAAGUGAACCAAGAGCAUUUUACUUACAUAUUUAUUUAUUUUGUAUGUGUUUGUUAAUAUGUGCAUGUCUGAGGAUAUAAUUGUUGGCACAUGCAAACACCCGUCUAAAUAAUUGUGUGUGCAUGUUGUUGUGCCUCUAUGAGUGUCACUGAUAUCACACGCAUGCUAUAUAUACAUAGUUACAAAUACAUCAUUAUGUAUGCACCGGUGAGGGUCUUUUACAUGCAUAUUUCAGAAAUUGGUAUUUUAUCUGUUGUAAUCUGGUAUAUUCCACAGUACCUUUUACACCAUUUAAAAAAUUCUAUUGCCUUUAAAACAAUCAUUAAAAAAUGCAGUGAAAAGUGCAAUGAAACAUAUUUUAUUUAAAAGAUGAUUUAUCAAGAUUACUGUAUUAUAGGUAGGUAUAUUUGUAUACAUUUAUAGAAUCUUGUUUGUAUAUUUUGAUUUUUUUUUUUUUUUUUUUUUU